GCAAUUAAAUUUUAUUCGGACUAAACUUAACAAAACAAAAUCUUUGAAUUCUGGAUUAUUUAAUUUCUUUGUAAACUAUAGUGCUCAGUGAGAUGUCUACUGGUAGCCCAUCUGAGAGACGACUACGCAAGGAAUUGAUGUCAUUAAUCACAACACCAACUCCAGGAAUACGUUUAGACUCUGAUAGUAUCUCUAAAAAUAUUAACGAAUGGAUCGUCGAAAUUGAUGCCGCUAAAGGAUCUCUAUAUGAAGGUCAAACAUUCCAAUUGAAAUUUAAGUUUAAUGAUCGAUAUCCAUUCGAUUCGCCCAGUGUGACUUUCAUCGGACAGGAAAUUCCUGAACAUUCUCACAUUUAUUCCAAUGGUCAUAUAUGUUUAUCAAUCUUGUCAGAUGAUUGGACGCCAGCACUUUCAGUUCAAACUGUUUGCCUCUCAAUCUUAUCAAUGCUUAGCUCAGCAACAAAGAAAGAAAGACCACCUGAUGACCUUAUCUAUACUAAAACCUGCAGUAAAGACCCAAAACGUACGAAAUGGAUGUAUCAUGACGAUACAGUGUGAAGUUUAAUACUAAAUCAUUGAAAGUAUAUUAAAGCAGUGAAAUUAUGCUUCAAAUCAAAAAGAAGAUUACUUUGCAGGUUCAACUUAAAACAAUUUUUAUUUAAUAAUGAUUUUUUUAAAUUAUUACAUAAACUGAACGAUACAUAGAUCGUCAAAUAUGUAGGUAUAUCGUAAACUUGAAAGAUGAUAAAAUCGUGCAAUGAUUCGCAGUUCAAUAAAAAUAAAGUCAUUAAGCUGAUAUAUUUAUGUUUACAUAGAUAACUAGAGAUAUCUUUUUGACCCCAAAUUCCAAACCUUCAUAUUCUGUUAAAUAUAUUUAAUUAAUCAAAGACUUCUUUUUAUAGCAGUGCAAAGUUACUUCUAAAAUAAUAUGUUGAUCUGUUAAAAAUCAAUCGUACAUUAUAUGAAAUAAAUAUUGUUCAUUCUUUAUUCCC